AUGAAUACUCGCCAAUGUGACCGUAUGUUCAUCAGCAACCCGGACGGCCCCAAGAACGGCAGCUUCAGCGCGCCACACAUGGAGAACCCGCUGGGCCAUUCUCGACAGUGCAUCUACACUUUCAUCGCGCAGGGGAACGAGAGGGUCGACAUCAACUUCACCCGCUUCAGGGUGCGAGGAUCCUCUCCAGAUUGCAGCCGCGAAUACGUGGACCUGUACACGGAGCUGGCCGACCCGAGCAGCGACCUGAUCAGCACGCCGUUCGGGGGUCGCUACUGCGGGCGCGUGUUUCCCCGGCGGCGUAUUUCCAUGCACCGCACGCUCGUCAUCGGCUUCUACACCGACUACGAGAACGACACCGCCGACGUCUUCCACGGCACAUACCAGUUCGUAGAUGCCUCGCGCUUCCUGAUUGGCAAGCCUGAGCCCAACUCGGUGUGCAGCUUCACCAUCUACGGCGACCAGAAGCGCGAGGGUGACUUCUUCUCCCCCACCUACCCGGGCGUGUAUCCCAAGAACCUGCAGUGCCGCUACCGAUUCCUGGGCAGCCGCGGACAGCGAGUGCGCCUGGAGUUCCUGGACUUCGACCUCUUCUACGGUGGCUCUCAUUGUCCUUUCGACUACGUGAAGAUAUACGACGGCAACUCGAGCGAGGACACGCUGAUCGGCACCUACUGCGGGCAGCAGCGCAACCUGGUCGUCUACUCGUCGGCCUCCAACCUCUACGUCAAGUUCACCACGCUGCGACGCAUGGCCGACAGCCAGAACAGGGGCUUUGCCGGAUGGUUCGAGUUCGGCGAGAAGUUCGUCAACCUCGAUUUCAUCAAGAAAAAUGACGGCGAGCAUAUUCGGGGAACCGAGUGUGACCAGAAGAUCCUGAGCCGCAAGGAGUCCAACGGCACGGUGUACUCGCCCAACUGGCCGCUGCCGUACCAGGCGAACAUAGUGUGCCGCUACUACAUCUACGGCAUGGAGGACGCCCAGCACCUGGAGCGAGUGCGGCUGGACUUCGACAAGUUCCACAUGGACGACCACCGGGCGGACGACGCUCACGAGUGCACGGACGCUUACCUCAAGCUCUACAUGCAGGGCCAAGAGGAGCGGCAAGCGGUGGACGAGUUCGACCACGCGUUCUGCGGCAACCAGGCUCCGCCGGCGCUCAUCUCCGAGGGGCCUCGGCUGGUGAUGGUCUUCUCGAGCGGACAGACCAAGGGCACGGGCUUUCGGGCACGAUACUCGUUCGAGACCGACUACAAGGUCCCGGGCACGCCUUCGCCCAACAACACGUGCCACUUCUGGUACCUGAGUGAGUCGCAAGUGACGGGCGACUUCAACUCGCCGCGCUACCCGGCCAACUACCCGUCCAGCACACGCUGCGAGUACGUAUUCCUCGGUGGACUGGGCGAACAGGUCAAGAUCGUCUUCAACUACUUCAAGACUAAGGCUGAGCUCGCCUAUCACGGAUACAACGAGGCCUGCGUGGAAGACUGGCUGGAGAUCUACGAGGUCUCGGCCAAAGGCGAGUCCAACAAGAUCGGCCGCUACUGCGCCAGGACUGCUCCGGGACCCAUCGUUUCUGACACGGGCAUAAACAUGAUGAAGGUCAUCCUACAUACCGACAGUUCUGGUGUCGCCAGUGGCUUCAGCGCGACGUACUACUUUCUCAAGGACGUCAACAAGUUCGGAGACUGCGGCGGUAACAUAACGGGCGAAGAGAACGGCCUCAUAACGAGCCCCGGGUACCCGAACCCGUACAAGAACGACCGGCAGAUGUGCAACUGGUACAUCACGGUGCGGCCGGGACACAAGGUGUUCCUGCACUUCACGCUAUUCCUCAUCGAGGGCCACCCGGGAGAGCGAGGAUGUCCCAGCGCAGUGGUGCGCGUCUGGAAGAACCUAUCAGACGCGCCGCUUGAACUGUGCGGCGAGGGUUUGAGCAAUGACACGAGAGAAGUGAUAUCCACCUCCAACGUGCUCAAAGUAUCAUUCAUGACCGCACAAAAAGCCGUAGGAAACGGUGGAUUUAGGGCUGUUUGGACAGAAAUCAGAGAAGACCCCAGCUGCGAAGACCUCAGGUGCGCCCUCACCGGUUACUGCAUAUCUUCGCGCCUCAGGUGCAACGACUUGCCCAAUUGCGGGAGCAGCGACAACACCGACGAGGACGAUUGCGUGCGCAGCCCCGAGCUCAACCUGUACCUGGUGGGCGGCGUGUCCGGGGGCUGCGCGGCCUUCACGCUGCUCACGCUGUGCCUGGUGUGCCGUAGCCGGCGGAGGCGAAGACGCCGGAGGAGGAGGCACCCGCCCUUCGGGGACAGGCCGCCGCUGAGGCCACCGCCGCCCGGAGAGGUGCCGGCCAUGCACUUCGUCUCCAUGGACACCGUGUGACUAGAGACCACCGUCUAAGAGAGAGGCCACCAGGAACUGAACUCCCCCCAAACUCGUCCCGACACCCGGUCGGGGAUGGACGAACAAAAAAAAAAAAAAGAGAACGACGCAAGAGCCCAAUACUCUGCACGAGCCUUCUGACGCGCACACUGCCCAAUGAAUCACUGUUACUACGCGAGUAGGUGUGCAUCAUCUUGAGCCGGCUUUGAUUGGCUCUGAUGUAAUUAGCCGAGAUAGGCAGACUCCUUGAAUGGUUAGUCCUGGAUGAGAAAGGUUUAAUCGGUCCGCGAGACGUCACUGCUUGAUACCAAGUAUGGGUCAAGCUGAUAGCACCGUUUCGCUAUGACAAGUAUCGUCAUAAAAGUCAUGAUCAUGAUCAAGUCGGCUCCUUGAUUUAUCUGCCAUAUUAUUGUUGUUCAGACCUUCCGGCGUAGAUUCAUAUACAGUUUAGGGGCGUUCAUAACGUCUUGAACUCGAAGCAGGUGUUGCUACAUGAUCGCCACUACCGUAAUCUGCCAUCCGGUGUUCUUGUGGAAGAUUAUAUAGCGCACAAACAGGCUAUAGCAAGCUGUAGUGAGUGAGUCAGCGUGUACACCACUACUUUCCCGUUCAGAACUAGAUGUCGUUCACUUCGAGAUGUUGAGUUAGCUCGUUCGUUGUCGUCCGUGCAAUGCGGCUAAACGAGUGAGCAAAAGAGGUGUUUGCGAGAAGAGCGAUGAAAAGUGGCAGAGAUGAAACCGAGACGAGGAAGCAUACAACGACCAGACUUUCGGCAAUGUUUCUCAUAUGUCACUACACCACAUUAUGUCACUACAUUACACUCGCCCCUAAGAAAGAGGCUCUCUAAUUUAAAUCUAGAACUAUACUAUUGAAUUAAUGCAUGCUGAUUCUGUCUUAGUGAGAAGACACUGCUUUGACGAGCUUCGUGAAGUGGCAGAGUUUGGGCCAUAGCUUUGGGAGAUAUAUUUCAGCAGAUAUCGUGCACGUUGACCACCGACAGGUUUGCUACUGCUAGUUUCAAUGUCAUAAACUACAGGCGAGACUAAUGUCCUUCUUGGACGCUCCUGCUCAAGAUCUUUUUGCCGACCUGACAUCUGAUGAACUAAGAUGGUCAGGUCAUACCACAUAUUUAAGCAUCUUCCAGAAGUAAUCCUGCCUCCGAUGUUGUUGUUUACCUUUAUAACGUCCAAUGUUAUCCUUCCUCGAAUUUCGUCAGUAUGGCACAAGAUAAAGGUGCUGCAGCGUCAUUGUUUGACACGUAAUGCGUGCAGCGUAUUGGA